UGUCUCUGGAGAGGCCCUUAGCCAGAUACUCCUCCAUACUCCAGUCAUCUUCUCCCAAGCAAGUCCACUUGAGUUUACAAAUGUCCAUGAAGCUCUAGUCUCCUGAGAGAAUAAAGCCUGAGACCUAGCAUGACUAUGCCAGCCAAUUGGACUUCUCUUCAGAGAUCCUGGGCUCCAGUUCCAGAGGAAAUUGGCAGUUUAUGUAAGGGAUCAGUAUCCUUCAGGGAUGUGACUGUAGAUUUCAGCAGAGAGGAGUGGCAGCAUCUAGACCUUGCUCAGAAAAACUUGUACCGGGAUGUGAUGCUGGAGACCUACAGCCACCUGCUCUCAGUCGGGUAUCAAGUUCCCAAGCCAGAGGAUUUCUUGUUGGAGCAAGGAAAGGAGCCCUGGACAGUGCAAUGUGAGAGCCCAGGUCAGGGCUGCCCAGAAGUAUGGCACAUCAGUGACCAGAUAAGAAGUUACCAACAAAGAGAAAACAAAUAUUUAAGAAAUGUUUCUUUCUUCAAGAAAAUGUUGACUACCAAGAGGGAUUAUGAUAAGGACAUUAGAAAAACAAUGCAUCUGAGUCCAGAUUUUCCUUACUCAAAAAGACCCCACCAAUGUGAUUCAUUUGAUAAUGCUUUGAAGUAUAAUUUAGACUUGAACAGCCAUAAUAGGAAUAAUGCAUCAAAGAACUUGAGUAAGAUUACUGAAUACAGUAAAAUUCUUUCUCCCAUUGACUGUGAACAUAAUUCAACAGGAUAUAAUGUAUGGGACCUUAGUCAAUGUGGAAAAUUCUUUAGCUGUGAACAGGCGCCCUCUCAACAUCACAACAUUAAUACUGGGAGAAAAGCUUUUGAAUGUGUAGAAUUUGGAAAGAUCUUUGCCCAGAAGUCACAAAUCAAAGUACAUCUGAAAGUUCAUACAGGAGAAAGACUGUAUGUCUGUAUUGACUGUGGAAAGGCUUUUGUGCAGAAGUCAGAGUUUAUUACACAUCAAAGAACCCACACUAGGGAGAAACCUUACAAGUGCAGUGAAUGUGGAAAAGCCUUUUUCCAAGUAUCUUCUCUCUUCAGGCAUCAGAGAAUUCAUACAGGAGAAAAACUGUAUGAAUGUAGCGAAUGUGGAAAAGGUUUCUCUUAUAACUCAGAUCUCAGUAUACAUCAGAAAAUUCAUACUGGAGAAAGACACCACGAAUGCAGUGAUUGUGGCAAAGCAUUCACACAAAAGUCCACACUCAAGAUGCAUCAGAAAAUUCAUACAGGUGAAAGAUCCUAUAUUUGUAUUGAAUGUGGUCAGGCCUUCAUCCAGAAAACACACUUGAUUGCACACCGAAGAAUUCACACAGGAGAAAGACCAUAUGCAUGUAAUAAUUGUGGGAAAUCCUUCAUCUCCAAGUCUCAACUCCAGGUCCAUCAACGAAUUCACACAAGAACAAAACCUUUUAUAAGUACUGAAUUUGGGAAGACCUUCAAUAAUAACUCCAACCUCUUUACUCAUAAAAAAGCUCAAAUGAGAGAGAAAUCUUCCAUAUGUACUGAAUGUGGUAAGGCCUUUACCUACAGGUCAGAGUUGGUUAUACAUCAAAGAAUUCACACUGGGGAAAAACCAUAUGGAUGUAACGAUUGUGGAAAAGCCUUCACUCAGAAGUCAGCACUCACUGUGCAUAAGAGGAUUCAUACAGGAGAAAAAUCAUAUGUAUGUAUGAAAUGUGGGCUAGCCUUCAUCCAGAAGGCACACUUGAUUGCACAUCAGAUCAUUCAUACAGGAGAAAAACCUUAUAAAUGUGGACACUGUGGGAAAUCCUUUACUUCCAAGUCACAACUCCAUGUUCAUAAACGAAUUCACACAGGAGAGAAACCUUACAUGUGUACUAAAUGUGGGAAGGCUUUCACUAACAGGUCAAAUCUUAUUACACAUCAGAAAACUCACACCGGAGAAAAAUCUUACAUAUGUGCUAAAUGUGGAAAGGCCUUCACUCAAAGGUCAGACUUGAUUACACAUCAGAGAAUUCAUACCGGAGAGAAACCUUUUGAAUGUAAUACCUGUGGGAAAGCCUUCACACAAAAGUCACACCUCAAUAUACACCAGAAAAUUCACACUGGAGAAAGACAGUAUGCAUGUCAUGAAUGUGGAAAAGCCUUCAACCAGAAAUCAAUACUCAUUGUGCAUCAGAAAAUUCAUACAGGAGAGAAACCCUAUGUGUGCACUGAGUGUGGAAGGGCCUUUAUCCGGAAGUCAAACUUCAUUACUCAUCAGAGGAUUCAUACUGGAGAGAAACCUUAUGAAUGUGGUAAUUGUGGGAAAUCCUUCACCUCGAAAUCUCAGCUCUUGGUGCACCAACCAAUUCACACAGGAGAAAAACCUUAUGUGUGUGCUGUGUGUGGUAAAGCCUUUAGUGGCAGAUCAAACCUCAGUAAGCAUCAGAAAACGCAUACUGGAGAGAAGCCCUACAUCUGUUCUGAAUGUGGAAAGACCUUCAGGCAGAAGUCAGAGUUAAUCAUACAUCAUAGAAUUCACACUGGUGAGAAACCUUAUGAAUGCAGCGAUUGUGGAAAAUCUUUCACUAAGAAAUCACAACUUCAAGUGCAUCAGAGAAUUCACACAGGAGAAAAGCCUUAUGUGUGUGCUGAGUGCGGGAAGGCCUUCACUGAUAGGUCAAAUUUGAAUAAACACCAGACAACACACACUGGAGACAAACCCUACAAAUGUGUGGUGUGUGGGAAAGGCUUUGUUCAGAAAUCAGUGCUGAAUGUUCAUCAGAGUAUUCACACCUGAGAGAAAGAUGAGAAAACUCAAACUGGAGUGGUUGUACAUUCUUUAAUUCAUGACGAAAAAUAAUGACCUAUUGUCAUAUAAGAAAUCCCCAACAGAAUGUCACAUAUUAGAGAUGAGGACCUCUAAGAAGGUCCUGAUUGAUAGGGACCCUCACAUGUUGCCACCAGCCUGAUUAAGCCAGGGGCAUAUUUAUUGAGAAAGAACAUUGAAAUUUUGAUGUAUUAGAAGCCUGUUAGUGGAAAAUAGUGAUGUAGCACUGAAUCCUGCAGAGAUGAGAUUCUGUUCAAUGGUCUUGUCAGUGAUAAUCCCUGUUUUCUGUGAAAUAACUAAUGUACCAACAAAUUGAGUAGUAGUAUU